AUGUUGAACACUAUGUACGACUCUCCACAGGUGACGAUGGAGUUGAGCAAAAUGCUUGUGAAGUUGGCGGUAAGUAUUUUUUAAUUUUUAUUUGAUGUACUACAUUGGUACUCUUGUAUAAAGAACUCCUAUAUAAUUUUUUUAAAUGAUAACGUUUGAAGCAAGUAAUGAGAUGAUUUGUAAAUUUAUUUAUAUCAGUACCGUUUCAGACAUUAUCAAACAAUACACGCACUACAAUUAAAGAACUGCAUUCUGGGUUCGAUUAUUUAGUAAUAGACUUACAACAAAGGACAUCAUUUAAAUGUUCGACAGAAUUAGGGCCAUAUAUGGCUCCAAAUGUUAAAAGUUUAGUAGCGAUGACAAAACUUGUGUUUGGAGAUAAUGUGCCAGAAUUAAUAAUUGAAAUUUAUGGAUCACAAACAGUCGACAAACAAAAACAUAUUGAAUUUAUCGACUGGUGUAAAGGUAAUUUACUUUAUCUUAAUAAAAAAGAAUUAUUUUACAAACACACUUUAUAUAGCGAAGGCAGAGCGCUGAGGCGUUAGCUAUUGUAUCUAUUAUAUAUAGAAGGACUAUCGUAUUUUAUGUAAUUUUUUAAUUUUAGAAAUUCUUUUAACUCCAAAAUUGGGAAUUUACAUUUAUAAUUCAAUGUUUGAACGUCAAUUAGUGCCAGUUGUGGAUAUUAUUGAACACCUCGAUAGACAGUUAAACAGUUUAAUAUGUAAUGCCAGAGAAAUAAGAUGGUUGGGUAAUGUAAAAACCAAUGUCUUUCAACUACGAGGUUGGAACUCUCAUUCUUGUAAGUUUUGAUAUAAAUAAAUUUCCAUUUUGUUUUUAACUUUUUCUACAUUUUUAGUUUAAUUUAGAUAUAAUAAAUAAAAUCUUUGAGUUAUAAAUUAAAGGUUUAAGUACAUAUAUACGUUAUAGAUAUGGAGCCAGCAAUGCAUACUGACACAAAGUGCCUAAAAAACUUUACUUUGGAUUUAUUUGAGAAUUCGUAAGUUAUCAUCAGGGCCGGGUAUUAGAGGGGGAGGCGGAUCUUCAGACAAACGUUUUUAUAAAUAGGUUAAAAGUUUGAACUCAAUAAGAACGUGGCAAUACUCCGAUUUCUUUCUUUACAAAACAAUACAAAAAAAAACUUAUUUUUGUUUACAAUACUCAUUUCCAGAUACUACAACCCAUCUGUCGAAUAUUUGACCUGCGACUUUCGAGCUGAUGUCGAUUGUAACUAUUACAAAGAGCUGUUGACCAACAUCAACAUAUCCUUUCCAAACCUUCAACAACUUUACUUGAUCACACAAGGACGGGAUUUAAAUGUUGAAGGCGUCUUAGAGUUCUGUGAUCUACUAUGUGAAAUAAGAAGUGUUGUAGAGGAAAUAAUCAGUGUAAUCAAACAAAUGGUUCAAGUUCCUGCUCUACCAGUUGAACUACAAGGUACCUAUUACAUCGACAAAGAAUUAUUUUGUUUUAGUGAAUACUAUCUAAAGGUAUUUAAAGAAUAUUUUGAAGAUAAUGGCUAUACUAGGAUUGAUGACUAUUUUUAUGUUCGUGGAAAUUUUACAUUUAGAUUGUUUAUGAUAUUUACACACUAAAAAUAAAUAGUUUGUACGUUUAUUACGGUUUUUUAUUACUAUUGUAACCAUUAAUUUAAAAACGAAUAGAAAUUGCUAAGUGCAUGGAGACUCUAGAAGUCAGUCGUCCUACACAGGCUUUUGAUUACGGCUUGAAUUCUUUAGAAGUACUUCAUCACGAAUUGACAGUUCGAGAAACGGGAUCACCUGGCUGGGGCCCAGUUGGGAACAGCUACAAUAGAUUGUUCUGA